AAUCACAGCAGUUCCAACACGUAACCAGUAUAAACAGGAAGUGAGUGUAAGUUCGUUGCGCUGCUCCUUUUCGAAGCUCGAGCGUAGAUUAUUUGAUACCAGCGGAACGAAAACAGACGGGCUUCACCUUCAGUGAAAGUCAUUCAGUGACUUGCUCUGACUGAAGGAGACACAAUGACGCUACCCGAAUGAAGGCUGCUAUGGAGAUAAGGAGCAAUUCUUCACGCUCAGUCUUGGUCAUCUCCAGUUGUUAUGAAUCCCAGCACCUCCUCAGCUCACUGUGAGGGCCAGUCCCCUGUUGAUGACCUAAUGGACGACUGGUUCUUGCUCUCCCCUGAAUCUGCUGGGCCUCAGGGCCUGGCAGUGAGCAGGGAAGACCAGGAGACAGAGGAGCGAGGCAAACUCAAAUCCAAGUUGGUCUCAGCGUGGAACAGUGUCAAAUAUGGCUGGUCCUUGAAGCAGAAAUCCAAAUUCAGCAAGAGCUCUCCUGUGAUCAUGCUUGGACAAUCCUACGAGCUCAAGGAUCAAGGGGAGAGAGAGCGUUUCCGUCGCUCCUUUGCAUCUCUACUGUGGUUGACGUACAGACGGGGUUUCCCUCAGCUGGCAGGCUGCUCUCUGACCACUGACAGCGGCUGGAGUUGUGUUCUACGCACGGGGCAGAUGCUGCUGGCACAAGGCCUGCUCCUGCACCUGAUGUCACCAGGUUGGACUUGGUCUGUGAGCCACCAUGCGGUCAAAGAUGACAUGGACCUGCUAGUGAUUCGCUCCGCAGACAGUAAAGAGCAUGGACUGAAUUUAAAGGAAAGGCCCAAUAAGAGGGGUCGAAAACUGAGCUUGGAUUCCCGCCUGGACAGACCCAUGGAGGCUAAACACAGAAAGGUGGUAUCGUGGUUUGCAGACCAUCCUGCAGCCCCUUUUGGGAUACACCAGCUGGUGGAGUUGGGCAACAGCUCCGGGAAGAAGGCCGGGGACUGGUACGGACCUUCCAUUGUGGCACAUAUCCUCCGGAAAGCUGUGGCAGCGGCAGCGGCAGCAUCAGCAGACCUUUCCAAUCUAGUCGUGUAUGUUGCACAAGAUUGCACCAUCUACUUGGAGGAUGUGACGAGGUUGUGUGAGCAGCCUCUCCCGCAGCCCUGGAAGUCUGUCAUCAUCCUGGUUCCUGUGCGACUUGGAGGACAGGAUCUCAAUCCCUCCUACAUCACUUGUGUCAAAAAACUCUUGACAUUACAAUGCUGCAUUGGAAUCAUUGGGGGCAAACCAAAGCACUCGUUGUUUUUCAUCGGCUUCCAGGAUGACCAUCUGCUGUACUUGGACCCUCACUACUGUCAGCCCACAGUGGACACAACAAAGGAGAACUUUCCCUUGGAGUCAUUUCACUGUAAAUAUCCCAGGAAAAUGGCUUUCUCUCGCAUGGACCCCAGCUGUACCAUAGGAUUCUAUGCUAAGGGCCAAAAGGACUUCGAAUCACUGUGCACAGUUGUUAAUGAGACUCUCUCCACAUCUGCAGAGACGUACCCCAUGUUUAUAUUUGCAGAAGGAAAAAGUCAGGAGGAGGCGGGAAGCAACACACCCACAGACAACAUCACCUAUAUCCAGAGGAAGAAUGAACAGAGAAGAGUCAACACUAGCAACAGCAUGGACGAGUUUGUUCUAUUAUGAACAUAAGAAGAUAAGAUCUUCCCUAAAGGCCGUACAGUGAUCAACGAUCACACGUAAAUGUGACAGUUACACUGUGUAGCAACUACUGAGGGUAAGAACAAACAAUGUCUUCAACAUCCACAAGCAACAACCUCAAGGGACUCCCUAAACGUUUUGUAAAAUGAAGCGGCCAGGUAUCAUUAAUGACUAUACCACUAUAUUUUAAUUGCUGUUUUGUGCUCAUUUGUAUUUUUAUUUAUUGUUUUAAGAGGAGUACAUUUAAAUUAAUAUUAUUCGGUUGAAGGGCUUUGAAGGAUGAAGGAUGUUUUUGCCAUCUCAGCCUAUUUAUGGUUAUCCAUGAAAUCCACGAGUUCAUGUUCUCUUAACUUAAUCUAUUCAAAAGAAUAAAAAUAGAAUAAUGAUAAUGAAUUUCUCCCAGGGACAAACGUAAGGCAAUCAUUACUAUGACAUAAACAGUCUCUUGCUGUUUCAUGUAAUGUGACAGGAUGUACUGCCUUUGAAUGGAUUAGAAAAUUGGAUUCCUGUUAACAUGUGACUCACUGUGUGAAACAGAAAGAACAUGACUUUACUGGAGAAGUAAAAUGUUGUGAAUGUACUCUUGCAGGAAAAGGACAAAAUUUACUGAAAAUAUUCUUAUGCGCUGGAUCGUUUUUGCUGUCUUUUAUCUGAAUAAACAGUUUAUGAACAAGA